AAAAGGUGUCUCUUUGCUCAGUUAGCAGGGGUUAGAGACUGAGAGGUAUUGCCCUUGAAUUCUGGUGGGUGGGCUAGGCUGUCCCCCCUUUGGACACUGGAAAAUAUUAGGCAUGGUGGUACUAGUUGCUGAUUCUGACAAAUGGUGCCUUACUACAACACUGCAAUGUACUGACUUGUGCUUGGUUGCUAAUGAAACAUAGAUAUAGUGGGCAUAAUGGAAACCUGGUGGAAUGGUGAGAACCAGGGGGCACUGUUAUUUCCAGAUAUACACUCUAAAGAAAAGACAGGAAGGGAAGGACUGAGGUUGUGGUAGUGCUGUAUAUUAAAGGAGGGAUUUAAUCCAACAAGCUAGAAAACCUAGGAGGACCAGAGUCCUCCACAGAAUCAUUAUGGGUGACAAUACGAGGACUGAAAGGAAAUGGGUUACUAGGGGAAUAACAAAAAUGGCUUUAAAUAUAUCAGAAGCAGAAAACCUGCCAGGGAGGCGGUUGGACCCUUAAAUAAUGAGAGCGUGAAAGGGAUUGUUAAGCAGGAUAAGCAGUUUGCAGAGAUGUUGAAUGAGUUUUUUGCAUCGGUCUUCACAGAGGAGGACACUGACCAUAUCCCCGCUCCGGAACUGUGCUGCUCAGGCAUGGAGGCUGAAGAACUGGGCCAGUUUGAGGUGUCAAGAGAGGAUGUUCUAAACUGUAUUGAAAAACUAAAAAUUAACAAAUUGCCUGGGCAAGAUGGCAUUUUCCCAAGAGUUCUGAAAGAACUCAAAUAUGAAAUGGCUGAUCUGGCAAAAAUAUGUAACUUGUCCCUACAGUCCACCAGAGGACUGGAAGACAGAUGGGAUGUCGGCCAAAGCAGCCCCUGAGCUCCCAGAGUCCAAGAUGGCUGUAUUGGUGACCUGGCAGAAGCCUCUGUUCAGGUGGAUCGUGCAGGAGAGUGACAGACACACCAUGGCACUGGGCAGUGGAAUGAAGCUGGUGACUCCUCUUAGAGCUUCUCCUCUUGGUGGUGGAGUGGAAACAGUUGCUGUGCACACACUGGAUCAGGUAGGAGAAGAAUCACUAGGGGGAGAGAGGGGCAGACCUCGCCUCUCUCUGGGCCCCACUGAGCCUCUGUCUUUCCAUUUGCUUCAAUCAAAGGUGCUCCCUUCUGACUCCGAAAACCACAGAGGAAGUUUUGCAUCCUACAGAAGAACUGUCUGCCAAGAUCAACACCUUUGGAAAAAAGUGGCAAAAAGAGCAUAUGGCAUUGCCUACAAUGCCAAAAGAAGGGAAGAACGAAACAAAGAAUCUCCAGAAGAGGCAGAUAGGAGACGAAAAGAAAGAAAUCUACGUGACAGAAUUCGAAGAGCAAAGAGAAAGGGAACAAACAAAGAAACAGAACUGUCUUUAAAGCAAACACAACCACAGCAGGUGACGGGUGUGUUCCAACCAGCAUAUAAAAUCACCUACAAUAUAAAAAGAAGACAACAGCGACAAAAUGAAUCUGCAGAAGAGGCAGAAAGGAGGAAAAAUGAGAGAAAUCUACGUGACCGAGAGCGAAGAGCGAAACGGAUAAUUGAAAUACAGAAACUAGAACCAGAACUGGCUUUCAACCCAACACAACCACAUCAAACACCUUACAAACACGAUACAAACACGUUGUGCACCAGCCAGAUAACUCUAAAAAACCCAGGAUUACCAGGGACACAGAACUCUGCUGUGCAGAAAGGCCUGCAGAAAUACAUCGGGGACACUGCUGAAAAGGGAGAAACGACCAAUCGAAGUCUCCCAACUAAAGACCAAAGAGAUGUGAGCUUUGAGGACUUGGCUGUGUGUUUCUCUGAGGAGGAGUGGGCUCUCCUGGAUCGAGGUCAGAGGGCUCUGCACAGGAAGGUCAUGGCAGAGAUUUGUGGACAUCUGGCCUUUCUGGGUGAUUGGAGGGAGGGAGAGAAACAGGCCGAAGGAGCGAGAAGAAGAACCGAAGGGAGCCAGAUGUGGAGUCAGACUAGUCCUUCCGAAGGGCCAGACUUGCAUUCCAUCCCAAUCCCUGGAGAAUGCCACAAGGGAAGCGAAAGGAGUAAGAUCCCUCAGGAUGUGGAAACCUUGCUUAGUGAGCCACAUCUGAGCAGUCAUCCCACAAUCCACUCCGGAGAGAAACCAUAUUCCUGCUCAGAGUGUGGAAAGAGCUUCAAUCUUAAGUCAGGACUUAGAGUCCAUCAAAGAAUCCACACAGGAGAGAAGCCUUAUAAAUGCUCAGAAUGUGGAAAGAGCUUCACUCGGGGUGACAUGCUUACUGUCCAUCAGAGAGUCCACACAGGAGAGAAAGCACAUAUCUGCUCAGUGUGUGGAAAGAGCUUCACCCGCUGUGAUGGUCUUAUUUCCCAUCAAAGAAUCCACACAGUAGAGAAACCGUAUACCUGCACAGAUUGUGGAAAGAGCUUCAGUCAUAAGGCAACGCUUAUUGUCCAUCAAAGAGUCCAUACAGGAGAUAAACCAUAUAUCUGUUCUGAGUGUGGAAAGAGCUUCUAUCAGAAGUCAACACUUACUGUCCAUCAAAGACUCCACACAGGAGAAAAACCAUAUAUCUGCUCAGAGUGUGGAAAGAGCUUUAGGCAAAGUGUAAACCUUAUAAUUCAUCGAAGAACCCACACGGGUGAGAAGCCUUUUAAAUGUUCAGAGUGUGGAAAGAGCUUCAGUCAGCAGUCAGCACGUAUUGUCCAUCAAAGAGUCCACACGGGAGAGAAACCGUAUACAUGCUCAGAGUGUGGGAAGAGCUUCAGUCAUAAGGCAACGCUUAUUGUCCAUCAAAGAGUACAUACAGGAGAGAAACCAUAUUCCUGCUCAGAGUGUGGGAAGAGAUUCACUCAGAAGCCAACACUUACUGUCCAUCAAAGAGUCCACACAGGAGAGAAACCAUAAACCUGUUGUAGAGAGAGUGUAGAAAAAGCUUUAGUCAAAAUGUAAACCUUAUAUUUCAUCGAAGAAUCCACACUGGUGAGAAGCCUUUUAAAUGUUUAAGAGUGUGGAAAGAGUUUCACUGGGGGUGACACGUUUACAGUCCAUCAAAGAUUCCAUACAGAUGAAAAACCAUGUACCUGCUCAGGGUAUGGAAAGAGCGUCAGUCUUAAGUCAGAACUUAUUGACCAUCAAGGAAUCCACACAGAAGCCCUUUAUAUGCUCAGAAUGUGGAAGGUCUUUCAUUUGGGAUGAGAAACUUACAGGCCAUCAAAGAGUCCACACAGGAGAGAAACCAUAUACCUGCUCAAAGUGCAGAAAGAGCGUCAGUCAAAGCCUAAACUUUACAUUGCAUUGAAGAAUCCACACAGAUUAGAAGUCUUUUAAAUGCUCAGAAUUUGGAAAGUUCACUCAGGAUGCCAACUUACUGUCUAUCAUAGAAUCCAAACAGGAGAGAAACCAUAUUUGUUGUUCAGAGGUUAGAAGGAGCUUCAGUUGGAGCAAAAAUCUGAUACUGUAUCAAAUAAACCACACAGGUUAGAAGCCUUUAUAUGUUCAGAUUGUGGAAAGAGUUUUACAGUAUAUGCAUUAGGCUGACCAUCUACCUUUUAGCAGGGCGUCAUCCUCACCAUUAAAGUUCCACCUUUGCUCAGGAGUAGUAGAUGUCACCCUUGUUCAUGAGGAGACUUGCAACCUUUUUCAGAAGCGAAUCUUGGAUCCUCUCUCCAGAGCAGGUUCGGGGGCUGCUCACAACCAAGGAUGCACUGUCUACUCUCAAUUAAAACAACUCGCCGGCAUUUGACUUUUUGUUUUGAAUUGGGAGCGGGGAAAGUGAGAGUGAAAACUGGUUAACAGAGGCCUGUAACAGCGUUUUAGUGGCAGAAGGAAAAGAUCCGGAGUGGAUGCGACUGCAGCUUGGAGAUAUCUGGAACAGAGAAGACAACUUUGAAAGCUUUUUCUAGCAAGUCCUCCUCCUCCGACGAGAGAGGAACUGUUUUUUAUUGUAUUUUUGAGCGUGCUUAUUUUGUUAGUUCUGUAUUUAGGUCUUGAUACUGUUUCUUGAAACUAAAAACGACUUAAGUGAUGUGCCUUGGCUUUAUGUCAAUGUUUGAGUUUUGAUCUUAGAGGAGAAACAAAUCUCUCUUCUUUCUUUCUUUCUUGACUUGUCUGAACAAUCCUUGGAGUAGCUUAGCCUCAUAUCACCGGAGCUCAUUCUGCACUCUGCGUUAUGUCCCUGUUUGAGUUUUGAUAUUAUUUCUGAUCUUGGCAAUAAAAGAGAUCUUAGAGGAGAAA